ACACACACGUCAUAGCCCUAUGGUAGACCAGACCCGUACAGAGCCAGAGCGGAAACCCCUCCCGAAUCCCAGCUCCGGCAGCCGAGCAAAAGAAAAGAGGAAUACCAAGAAAUCAGGAGACAAGGAGAAAUAACAGGAGGAAAAGAAACUAUCAUAAUAAAACAUUAUUAUGAGCCGUCGUCCCCUCAGCAGCCUCCAAUGAUUUGCCUCGUUCCAGGAAAGAUGCAGAACUGAGGGUGACUAUCCAUCCUCCCGGCCCGGUGAAGUGUGAGACUAAAUAGCGUGUCGUGAGGAAAAGGGGAGAGGGACGAUGGGGUUCGGACGGGACCUGGGGAACUCCCACGAUGGGCUGUUGAAGCUGCAGGACUGGGAGCUGAAGCUGCUGGAGACAGUGAAGCGCUUCAUGACGCUACGGGUGAAGAGCGACAAGGAGUACGCAUCUCUCCUCCUCAACAUCAGUCAGCAGGUGGACAAGCACGACAACUGCUCCCAGAUGGACUACAUCAGCAACGUCUCCAAGUCUUGGGCCCACAUGGUCCAGCAGACAGAACAGCUGAGUCAGAUCAUGAAGUGUCACGCGGAGGAGCUGAACUCUGGUCCUCUGCACAGACUCACUAUGAUGAUCAAAGACAAGCAGCAGGUUAAGAAGAGCUACCAGAGCAUCCACACACAGAUCGAGUCCGAGAUGAACAAGGUGACAAAAAGCGACCUAGAAAAGUUAAAAGGCACCUACAGACAAUUAACAAAGGAUGCCCACAGUGCCAAAGAAAAAUACAGAGACGCAAUGGUGAAAGGCAAGGAGCCAGAGAAGGCGAGGGAGCGUUACGACAAGGCCACCAUGAAGCUUCACAACCUCCACAACCAGUACGUGCUGGCGGUGCGGAGUGCCCAGCUCCACCAGGAGCACUACCACGACACCACGCUGCCCCUUCUGCUCGACUCCCUGCAGAAGAUGCAGGAGGAGAUGAUCAGUGCACUGAAGGGGAUUUUGGAGGAAUACAGUGAAAUCACCAGUCUCUUAACUGAUGAAAUAGUGAAAGUCCACAAAGAAAUCCACACCUCCAUCGACCAAAUUGAUCCUGUAUCAGAGUAUGAACACUUCAUUGAGGUUCACAGGUCUCCAGAAACCAAAGAACCAAAUGUAGAAUUUGAUCUUUCACUGUUGGAGGAAACCGAGAAUCUUCAAGCAAACGAGAUCCUAUGGAACAAUUUGACUGCAGACAGUUUACAAGCGAUGCUGAAAUCCACAUCAGAUGAGCUGGGCCUCACUCAGCAGAGCCUACGCACCAAGGAGGAUCUCAUGCAAGACUUGGAAAACAAGCUUGAUGAGUCCACCAAAACAUGUGAAAAGAAGUCAGAUGCAGUGCUGCUGCUCAGUCAGAAGCAGUCUCUGGAGGAGCUGAGGCAAACGGUCCAAUUGUUACGCUGCACAGAAGCCAAGCUGGGCGCCCAGAAGGACCUGCUCGACCACAAGAUGCAGGAGAACGAGGGCAAGGAGCCUCCCCCCAUGGUUAACUACGAGGACGACGCGCGCUCCGUCAACUCCAUGGACAAAGGCAAAGACAGGACAUCAAAGUUUGACACCUUACGUCAUUCCUUAGCCGGCAUCCUCCGCUCUCCCAAAUCAGUCCUUGGCUCAUCAUCGCAGUUUUUCGACGUGAUCCCAACUAGUGAGAAGCCCCUGGGGGACCAGGAGUGGUACCACGGGGCCAUCCCCAGGACCGAGGCCCAGGAGCUGCUCAAAGAGCAGGGAGACUUCCUGGUCCGGGAGAGCCAUGGCAAGCCUGGCGAGUACGUCCUGUCUGUCUUCUCAGAGGGACAGCGGAGACACUUCAUCAUCCAGUUUGCAGACAACCAGUAUCGUUUUGAAGGCACUGGCUUCCCGACCAUUCCUCAGUUAAUUGAACACCAUUACACUUCAAAGCAAGUUAUUACCAAGAAGUCUGGGGUGGUGCUUUUAAACCCAGUCAUCAAGGAUAAAAAAUGGAUACUCAACCAUGAGGAUGUUACUCUUGGAGAGCUUCUUGGCAAAGGCAACUUUGGUGAGGUAUUCAAAGGAACAUUGCGGGACAAGACUCCUGUGGCAGUCAAAACAUGUAAAGAGGAUCUUCCACAGGAGCUGAAGAUUAAGUUCCUAUCAGAAGCCAGGAUCCUCAAGCAAUAUGACCACGCAAACAUUGUGAAGCUGAUAGGCGUCUGCACACAACGACAACCUAUUUACAUUGUGAUGGAGCUAGUCUCAGGAGGGGACUUCUUGUCGUUUUUACGGAAGAAGAAAGAAGACCUGAAGAUCAAACAGCUGGUGAAGUUUUCUUUAGAUGCUGCUGCAGGAAUGGCUUACCUCGAGCUCAAAAACUGUAUCCACAGGGAUCUGGCGGCUAGGAAUUGUCUGGUGGGAGAGAGCAACCUGCUGAAGAUCAGCGACUUUGGGAUGUCAAGACAAGAGGACGAUGGGAUCUACUCGUCGUCUGGCCUCAAACAGAUCCCCAUCAAGUGGACGGCUCCAGAGGCUUUGAAUUAUGGGAGAUACAGCUCGGAGAGUGAUGUGUGGAGUUUUGGCAUCCUCCUAUGGGAAACGUUUAGUCUAGGAGUGUGUCCUUACCCAGGGAUGACCAACCAGCAGGCCAGAGAGCAAGUGGAGAAAGAUUACAGAAUGUCCUGUCCAACAAAGUGCCCUGAGGAGAUUUACAAAGUCAUGCAGAAGUGCUGGGAGUACAAACCUGAAAAUCGGCCAAAGUUUGCCGACCUUCAGAAAGAACUGGCCUCGAUCAAGAAGAAAUAGCAACCUGGUAGGGGAAGGUGGACCAGGUCAUGACCCCCUUACAACCUGAGAGAAACACCACAGAACGUUACAGCCUUGAUGCUACUUGUCGUGAUUGUACUCACGGUGUAUACUUUGUCACAAAAUCACUGUGUUAUUUGCCUAGGCAACUGUUUUGAGCCAUUAUCAAGGAGAGAGAUCUCUGCUUAGCUUGGAUCAUUGUCAAAAUAUGACAGUAUUAUUAUUUUUUAAACCUGGUGUUCCUUUAUUUCUGUUCCUUUCUCUUACUGAACCUCUGCAACUAAAGGUGUUUUGAGACAUAACCACACAAACAUGUGUACAAUAGAUACAAUUCAUCAUGCUCCAUUGCACAUAUGACUUCUGUCGUUUUGCUAUUGGUCAUCACUCGGGCAUAGCCACGAUAAUGAGAAAUGUCACAAUUUCUAGUUUUUUUUAGGGCCCUGAGUUUGGUCCUGUUAAGGUUAGAUGAGUAAUAUGACUUGAAAAUGCCAAGGAGUCUGGCGCUCCGUAGAGACAGAUGGGGUUUGAGAACCAGUUCCUACCCAAGGACGUAACAGUUUAUACCUAAGGGUAUAGUGUCCUGUUUUUGUCCCGAGCUUGACUUUUCCACAUUCAGCAAGACCUAUUUUCUUCUUCCUCUAAAGUCUUAUUGUGAUGUGACAGUUUGAUUUGAGAUCUGUCAAUCAUUUCUGUCCAAAGAUUUCCUAAAGUAUUCUCUUCAUGCCCGCUAUUUAAUGUAGAAAACCUUUGAGUUUAACAUACAAGGAUAAGUGCAAUUUGUGACACCCUUUUCCUAUAAUUGUUUGGGCUUUGUGAUGUAGAAAUAUUGCAGUAAGGCCAUUUAUUUAGAAUUAAUAUAAUUUUACUUAUAAUUCUUAAAUGUUUCAGACCCUCCAGAAUGCUGACUAUUUUCUACAUUUUAGUCUCUGUUACAAGCUCAAUACUCAUAAUUUGACAAUUAGAAUGUACCAUAACUUUACUAUCUGACUUGAAAUGUGAAUUUAGCAUUUUCUGUCAAAAACAGUCUAAAACAGUUUAAGGAGCUCCAUUUUUCAUGCAUUCAUUUUUGUGGUAUUUUUUUACUUCAAUUUUUGUUAAAUAAAACUACUGUUCUAAAUUGUUGAUAGACAAUUGAACAGUGAUUAGCAAUGAACAGUGAACUUGUUUUCAUUAAGUAUACUUAGGGCCAGGAGUUGUAUCUGACCAUGCGACAUGACCAAGAGAGAACUCUGGGGCCUAGUCUAUACCUAUGGUCUACAGUUUUCCUGGCAAGGUAAUUCUCCGUUCCCUAAUAUAGUAUAUUCGCUAUUCCAGCCACUCCUGUAUGAUGUCAUUUCUCUGAGGGUGCCAUGUUGUUUCUAUGUCAACCAAGCUCCUUGCCAUUUGUGCUGACAGCCCAAGCGUGUCUUCAAAAGCAUCUUCUGUGAAGUAACACGUCACAUCCAUCCAUCAGUUUCACUCCUAUUAGAAUGAUGGAACUCUUGUCUUUCAAAAAACAUUCCCCCUGUAUUUUGUAAAUACUUGUAGAUGCUAUAACUUUUAUUUUAUGCAAAUGUAGGUCACAUUUUGUGUGUAUCUCUAUUGGAAGUGUUUCUUCCAAUGAUGUAUUCGAUAAAGAAAACAUUGUCUGUUUUGCUUCUGAAUCUGCAUGGAUUGUUUGUACAUUUUUAGUAUAUGUAUAAAAGAUUUUUGGAAAAAUCCUCUUUCCUAUCUAUUA